AUGGCAUCUGGACCCUACGAAAUCAGAGGCCCUAUCCCUAUCCAACGCUCUCGCUCAAAUUACUACAAACCACCCGCCUCAACAGGUGUACCACUGGCCCAGUCGUACGAACAGAAGCUUUACAUGGACGACAGCACCAACUUUAUGCCUGCUGUACCCAAUGUGCCUCCACCAUCGUUCCAAGACGCAACAAUGGUGUCGAUUUCGGCCGACAUGUUCGACCGGAUGUUCUUGAAGGCACAGAGUCAAGAGCCUCCCGCCGCGAAGAGCGCACAGCAAAAAUUCGCCAACCCCACGCCAUUGUCGGUUGUCGGAUUCCUGCUGUGUUUGAGCCCGCUGAGCUGUGAUUUGAUGGGCUGGCGAGGUGCGGGUGGAAAUGGAGCUGCUUCGGUUGGAGCGUAUUUCUUCAUCGGCGGCGUUCUCAUGCUCCUCGGUGGUUUCCUCGAAUGGGUCGCCGGCAACACAUUCCCCUUCGUCGUGUUCGCGUCCUUCGGCGGCUUCUGGUUCUCCUACGGCGCCACCCUCCUUCCAUUCUUCAACGCCUUUGGCGCAUACUCGCCGGACCCGACGGACAUCACUGCCGGCCUCGCGACCAAAGGCUUCAAUGCCUCGUUUGGGUUCUUCAUGAUCUUCAUGGCGGUCCUGUGUCUCAUUUACCUGGUCUGUGCCCUGCGGACGAAUCUGGUCUUUGUCAUCAUCUUUGCGGGAUUGUUCACGGGAUUCAUACUGCUGACGGCCACUUUCUGGCUGCUGGCGGACGGAGGUCUUGGGGCCGAUAAGACCUUGUAUGUUGGCGGCGCAAGCUUUGCAGUGAGCUGUAUGGCGGGCUGGUACCUCUUGCUGGCAUUGCUCCUGGCUUCUGUGGACUUCCCUGUCGUCCUACCGCUGGUAGAUCUGAGCGGAUGGAUCCAGGGGGCCACCUAA